GAUAAAAAGUUUAAGAAAUCCUGCUCAUAUGCAAGGCAUUUCUUUCUUCCAAACAUGCGGGAUGGUCUUAUAUAUAAGGCAGUCUUCUGUUCCAGUCAAUAUAGUAUACGAAAUUUAGUAUGUGAAUUUGUGUAAUGUUAUAAUGCUUAAAUUAUUCCCAGUUUAAUUUACUUACAAUUUAUGUUGUGUUUUCUGUUUUCAGGCAACUCACAGAAGGUUCUUUAACAGAAAAUAACAUCGUAGAAGGUGCAAAAUUAACACUGUUGCCAAAUGUUGAAACAGGCCUUAUGAUCCAAAAUCCAGAACAGUGUGUGAUGCAGGCAUUGGAAACAUUAAAUGAAUCACAAGUGGAUAAUUUUCUAGCAGGAAGGUCGCCUCUUAACUUAACGAUGAGGUUAGGUGACCACAUGAUGUUCAUACAGUUGCAACUAUCCACAGUUUUACCUUCAUCAGGCAAUAACUCCACAAGCUUGUCAUCUCCACCUCCCACUCCACCAACAACGCCCACUUCAACAAAUCAUCCAGGCUCAUCAUCACCGUUCACUUCUCCCAUGAUCUCAAAUGUAUCUACAGUCAGCUCACUCCCAUCUCCUCCUCCAUCUCCCAAAUCUGCAAAACCAUCCAGUCAUAAACCUACAUUUGACAACCAGCAGAGUUCUCUUGGCAAUAAAAUCUUCACUGAAGCCAGUCGAAAUCUCACACAAACUUUAAGACAGUUGUCAUCAUCAGCACUCACUAAAAAAAUGAAUGAAACUUGUGAUGGCCGCUGCUGUGUUGCUCGAAGACAAGGUGGAGCAGUCAUCGAAAGUAUGUACCACCAUGGUCGAGGUGUUUUCUCAGGAACCUUUUCUGGUACUCUAAGUCCAUUAUUACAAGACAAAGAUGGUCGACCUCGGCGAAAUAUUUGCACAGUUAUUCACAUCUUGAAUGAUCUUCUUGGAGCUUCAUCUCAUUGUAAUCCUUCUGCUCAGUGCCUCUGCUCAAACAACACUGCUGCUUAUUCAAAGCAGAAAACAAGUGUAUCCCCAAAAGCCAAUGAAGAACUUAAACAAGAUGAAGACAAAGUCUUACGUGAAAAAGUCCAGCAUAUUCAGACAAUGCUAAAAGAAAGGAGACAAAAUCGCACUGCACGGAGAAACAUGAGGGCCUCACCUUACUCUUCCAAGAGCCGAACAGCAAAUGCUAAGAAUUCAUCUCACACUGAAAAGAAUUUUGAUAGUAACAGUGUAUUUCUGUCUACGAUUAAUUCUGACUGUACGGAGCAGAAACUAAUGGAUUACAGCUCUGAAACAGCUGUUGCUUGAAUUAUUGGUGGUGUAAACCCACCAAGAAUCGGUCAAUUAAUAUUUUGUAUUUCGCUCUGUUAUGACAGGGUUUACUUGUUUGAAACAUGCUGGUUUAUGAUGGCAUGGCAUUUUCUUUUCUCGUGGUACUUGGAAGUAUCAUUUUCAUGUGAGGACACAAAGCUUGAAUCUGCAUUACAGCUGUUAACAACUGUACCAUUCAGGUGUGUUUCCAGUCUGUUAUUGUACUUGUCAUAAUGUAUGGUACAGUCCAUUUUAAAAGAGUUAUGGUCUUGGUCAGUAGAUUUUUUGUAUGAUAUUUUGAAGCAUGAAAGAUUUUGGAUUGUGUUUAGUCGAAGAUAAGUUUUUCUUAUGAAACAUAUCAUUUCAAUGAAGAGAACUUUCCUUUGCUUGAGUUUAUGUAUAAAAUUAUAUGCUUGUAAUGUUUUAUGCUUUGUUUGUAUUUUUAUUGAAAGAAUGGCUACCUUUCAACAACUUUUUGUCUUGUUCAGUUUGAUUCUCUGAAGUGUUGUGAAAUGAAUGAAAUAGUGGAUAAAUGUAAGAUUUAAAAGUUUUGCUUUCUAAAUUAGAAUUGCUUAAACCCCAUAUGAAAUUUCAGUUGUUCUUAGAACUGUAUCAUAUUAGUAGCUUAAGAAAAUAUUAGCUCCAAUAGAAAAUUAUGUGAGAUUGUUGCAUUUUCAUUCAAGAUAUUUUUUAAAAACUUAGUCUAAUUAUGAUUUCCUGAAGAGGGAUAUCCUUGCCAUCUGAAACAUAGAAGUCCACAAAGAAAAAUUGAAAUGGAAAUUUUGUAAUGAUUAUUUAUUAUUUGCAUUAGUAAAGCACAUGGUAUAUAAAUUAAAUUAUAAUUAUAAAAAUUCCAAUUUCUAUUUUCUUAUAAAGCAGAAACCAGCUGGGAAACCGUGAAACUCUUUUUUGGAAAAAGAAAACCAAAAUUAUACCAAGUAUCGUCAUGUGAUAAAACUAAAUCUUUAUUAUUAAAUUUUAAAAAAAUCAUUAAAAAAAGACGGAGAGGAAAUGGAAAGAGCAAUCACAUGUGCUAUAUGUGUUGCUGCAAAAUUGUAGAAGUUUUGUUUACUGUUAAUUUCUAAAUUUUCUUCCAAUUCUUCCAAUCCUAAUUCUCCACCAACUUUUAGAUCUUUUAUGUAAGUUAGAAGAGUUAGAAAGAACUCCUUUUGCUGAGGUGCGUAAUAUGUACUAGGUUAGGAGAGGUUUUUAUUAACUAUACUAAUGAUAUAAACUAGCCUUUUGCUUGCAAAUGGUCAUGAAAUCAACUAUAGAAUGGAGGUCUUAAUUAAAUUAAUAAAUAUUUUUAUAUAAACAGAAAGUAAUAUAUUUAAAAUUAUUCCUUAAACAUAUAAAUGUUCUGCUGAUGGCAACCAGUCUUUUAUGUCAAAACAAAAGCCAGAGAUAUUUUAUUCAGGAACUCAAUAUGGUGUAAUUUCCAAGCAACAAUAUCAGAAUUUUAUUAAGACUACUUAAAAUAAUUAAUGCGAAAUAUAAACUAAUAAAUGGCAACCCCUUCCAAACAUUCCUACUUUCGUUCCAAGAAGUGAUAAGUAUGAGAUCAUCCUGAUAAUUCAUCACCAGAAUGAUCCCAUAUUUGAUUUUUAUCGGGCAGAAAGCAUAAAUAACAGGAUUUUCUGCUUCUUAGUAUGUAAUUUUAACUUCAUCUUUUUUUGUUAUGUAGAUCCUGGUAAUUAAAAGCACCCAGUUAGAUGAAAAAUGUAAUGUAGGGGAAAAUUUCACAUAAUUUUUGUAAAGAAGCUCCAUCUCCCUUUUUUUCACAUUUCUAAUUGAGGCCACUAAUGUUCAGCUAACAUAUAUUCCAGUACUGAUGAAUUUAUUUACAGUCUUUAGUCAUCAUUUCGAUCCAUGUAGAGUCAUAAAGUAACUGUCAAAGAAUUUUUCUUAAAUUUUUAAUUUAUUUGAAUUUUUGAUUUAAGUAAAAAAAUUUAGCAGAAAUCACUUUCUCCGAUCAGCACUCCAUUUUAAGAACUCAGAUUCCUUCAUAUAGUAAUUAAAUAAGCAAUUACUGUCUGGAGUUUAAAAAAUAAGUAGUGCUUUUGUGGGUAAAUUGAUAAAUACACAGUUGAUAAAUUUUUAUUAUUACUGAAAUAUUGUUUUUAAAGUGUGAGGUUGAUAUUACAAAAAUUUGAAUUACUUUUUAUUGUUUCUUUUGUAUGUUGCUUUAUUAAGCCAUUAUCCCAAAUUACAUUGUGGGAGUUAUAAUAAAAAAAUUUUAACGCUCCAUAAAAAGAUUCCUUCAUUGUGUUAUAUGAUGUUUUGCUCAUUGCUCACCAAGAAAUUGCUGCAAAUUGAGACUUGGUAAGAUGUUCACUAAUAUCAUACUUCUGAAUUAUGAAGUUAAAAAUGAACUAACUGUAUGCUAUUAGCCAUUGAUCAAGUGCCGUCAAAGGGGACUGUGGUAGUUUGUGUAUGAUCAUACAUGCAUAUUUUAGUAGUAACACACUUAGAAUAGUGUGUUGAAAUGUAAAUAGUGUGUUGACUUUUCUUCGCAAAUUGUAUAGCAUGAACAUAAUUACUAUGCAGUUUUUUAGAUGUUGUAGCCAUGGAAACUUGCAAUGCUUAUCGAUGCUUCAGCAUUUGUUCAUAUCUCCACAUUGUGUCCAUUUGUCAAAAAAUUGUUGUUGCAUAAUGUUAUGUAUUUAGCUAAAUGAAAAGCAAAAUGGAAUACAUAAAGCAAUAUAUCUAUAUAUACACACUCAUCAUACACCAAUAUAUAUAUAUAUGUAAAUGUAAUUAAAUGUGAAUUUCAUAAUUGACUGUAGAAUUCAUCAAGUGACUUGAAGUCAUUUCUUCUGACAUAUGAAAUUUUAGUACAUGAAAUGAGAAAUUAUGAAUGAAAUAUGUUCUGUUAUUUUUUAAUUUACUUCUCUUGUUUAAAAGAACUAAUUACAUUGUUAAAUAUAUUUAUUCUGUUUUCAGUUUUAUACUUUUAAUGACAUACUCCUUUACUAUUUGUGCACCAUAGCUUAGUCCUGAUGCUGCCAUUUGUUUGAAUUUUAAGAGUUUUAUCAAAUAUAUCUAAAACAAUUUCUUCUUUUAAAAGUACUGAAAUAUAUUUAUAAGGAUUUUUAAUGAAUCUACUAAUGCUUUACACUGAAGUAUGUACUGUUAUGUUAAUAUUCCUUUUGAAACACACUAAAUUUUUUACUCCCAUUCAUCAUGGUAUCUUCUUGCACUAUGUUACUUAAUAACAGUAUUAUUUAUUUAAUUGGCAUUCAGAGGAAUAAAUAAAUAAUAUUUUCUGUAUUCUAGUUAUAAACUGUUACACAAUUUUUACUUCUUCAUUAUGUAAAUUAAAAUUUAACAUGAAAUGAUAUGUGUCAUUUAUAUGUAAUUAUCAUGAUAAAUAUAAAUGAUCUUUAUGUGAAGCACUUGUUCUGUUUAAAGUAUCUGUAUAUUUUGUUUCUAUCAGUAUUGGAAGGAAUUGCUUUAGUGCAGCAAAUUCCACUGUUUUUAAAGCACAGAAGUAGAUUGGAAUGCUUCCUUUUUUAAUAUAAAAUUGUAAUAUAUUUAUAAAUCACAUCAAGCUUGUUUAAAUUUUACAAUUUAAAAUAAAUUUCUUUUUAACACUUUUAUGAAUUUUUUGGGAAGACAGGGUGCCUUUUCAUACAAAUAGUUUUGUGAACUGUAUGAAGUACUUAAUAAGCCUGAAAUUCAGUUUACAUGCUCAUAGUUUAUCAGCAGAAUUUAUUUGUAAAUUGGCAUCCUAUUUAUUAUUAAUACAUGAAAAUAUUAUUAUUAAGAUGUUCAAUCUUGAGCAUUGGAACAAUAAUUGACCCACUGUAAACAUUAAGCUGAAUUAAAAAUAUUAUUAAUGAACUUUUUAACUGAAUAAUCACUUUUUGUUACUUAAUUCACGUCUUUUUGAACAAUAUUUACUUAUUGUUCAGAAUGAAUUAUGUUAUCAUUUAGUUGACUAAGUAUUACCUGCAACUGUAGCCCUAGAAAUUUGUUUAAUUAAUGAAGGGAACAUUGUUGAUUUUAAAGAAAUUAAAAUGUGCAAAAUAAUAAAUUUUAAUUUAAUCUGAAAUAUUAAGGAAUUAACUUCUAUUGCAUAGCUAAUGUAUAUAACCUGAAUUUUUUAAAGCAAAGUUAUAUGUAGUAAUCUUUUAUAGUUUUUAAAAUUCAAAUCAAAUGAAACACCGCUGUAAUUGCAUAAACGCAUCUGUAGUUCUUAUGGUUAAUAAAAGUAAUAUAUCUUAAGACAGAUAGGUAGGUAAUUUAUCAUUGUAGACCACUUUACUCUUUACUGUCUUAAAAGGACAACACUGGAUUAAAUUUUGUAAGAGAAACUACAUGCUUAUAUUUAUUCAUAAGAAAAACAUUGAAUAAUCAAUAUAAGGCCAUGUAUAGUGAGUCUACUUUAACAUAAGCAAAAAUAUAAAAUUUCAUUAUUUUUGGAAUGCAAAUGAUCCCCCCCCCAUUUUGAUUAAAAAGCUGAAAAAUAUACAUAUAUAAUAUCUUGUGUUUUCCUAAAUUUCUAUAUUGUUGAAUCUUGAAAUGUAUAUUUAUUAUUAAUAUCUGUAAAGUGUAUUAUAAAAUUUUUUAUGACAGAUUAACUUUCUAAUGAUGUUUCAUAAUUAGAAAGUUCCUUUUUCCUUUCUAAGUAGAUCACAAAUAUUGCUUAAAUUACUAUUUUAUGCUCUUAUGUACUUCUUUGUUAACUUUGUACUGAACCAUACAUGAAGACAUAAUUUUAUGCUUUUAAAUUAAAAACAUGAUUCUUUGCAUUGCAAAAAAAUAUAGGUAAAAAUAGUACAUAGGAAUGCUGGUUUUAAGAAAGUCGUUUUAUCAAUGAAAAUUUUAUAAGCACACUGUUAAUUAGAUGUAGGCGUAUUAAGAAUUGUAAUAAAAUAAAAACCUUUCAAUGUGGAAUUCGUAUAGCACUGCCAUAUUAAUAAAUCAAUCUGUGUUUUGAGCAUGUAAAUUAUACUAAUGAGAAAUUUGAUUUCUUUUCAUAUAUGUCUGAAAUGAAUGCUUUCAUUCAUUUUAGACGCUGCACUCAAUAUGUAAUUCCAAAUGUUGUUAUAUCUUUUGUUAUAUCCUAUUGAAUACCAAAGUAGUUUACCAAAAGUAAGGUAAUCAUUUUAGUUAUACUGUCUUGUGUUCAAAAUAUCAGUAUAUAGAAAUAAGCUUUAGAUCUUGUGUUUAAUCCACUUUCAUCAGUAUUGUACUUUACAAAAGUUAAAAAUAUGUAUUUGUUUCUUUCUUUUUUAUAUAAAUGUAUAUUUAAAUAUGUUAAAUUGUGUAUCUGUAUUACUUUAAUUCCAUCCAUGUUUCUUAUUUCAUUUGGAAACUGAGAGUGAAUAAAUGAGAAAACUGUA